GUGGGGGCGUGAGUGGGCGGAGCCAGGCGCGAGCCGCGGUCGCUGCGGCAGGAGGCGGCGGCGGCGGUGGCUGUGGGGCGCGGAACCGGAGCUUCCUGCCCGGGACGGGGAAGGGCUGCGGGGCCUGACGCUCUGCACUGCACUGGCCUGGCGCUGCAGGGAGUUUUGGCAGAGGUGCGAGCUGUUCACUAACUUAGCUGCGGAGUAGAGACGGACAGACACCAUGGCAGAAAAGGUGAACAAUUUUCCUCCGCUUCCAAGAUUCAUCCCCUUGAAGCCAUGUUUCUACCAGGAUUUUGAUGAUGACAUUCCACCACAGCAUCGCACCAUGGCCAAGCGCCUUUACUACCUCUGGAUGUUGAACAGCAUCACCUUGGCAGUGAAUCUGAUUGGCUGCCUCGCAUGGCUGAUUGGAGGCGGUGCAGCUGUUAAUUUUGGACUGGCAAUUCUCUGGCUCCUGCUCUUUACACCCUGCUCCUAUGUCUGCUGGUUUAGACCUAUUUACAAAGCCUUCAAGACAGACAGUUCUUUCAGCUUCAUGGCUUUCUUCUUCACCUUCAUGGCCCAGCUGGUGAUCAGCAUUAUCCAGGCGGUGGGGAUCCCUGGCUGGGGAGUCUGUGGCUGGAUCGCAGCAAUAUCCUUCUUUGGGACCAGUGUGGGUGCAGCUGUGGUGAUGCUUAUCCCCACCAUCAUGUUUACAGUCGUGGCAGUCUUCUCCUUCAUUGCCCUCAGUAUGGUGCAUAAAUUUUACCGGGGCAGCGGAGGGAGUUUCAGCAAAGCACAGGAAGAGUGGACCACGGGAGCUUGGAAGAACCCGCAUGUACAACAGGCAGCGCACAACGCGGCAGUCGGAGCUGCACAAGGGGCCACGAUGCAGCACGAAACACAGUAUUCUGCCACUCCUAACUACACCUAUUCCAAUGAGAUGUGAGCAGAAGACUCUGUCCUGAGGUGGGGUGGGGAGGGGAGGGGGGGGAGAGGAGAGGGAGAAUACUGCUGAGCCAGUUCUGUGUAAGGAUUUCAAUAAGGGAAGCGUAAGAUACUUGAUUUUUUCCCUUUACUCUAGAACAGGGUUGGUUUUUUUUUUUUUUUCUUUUUUCUGAUUCUCUUUUCUCAUUUUGAAGAAGCUGUGAGUUGACCUGCAGGACACUCGUGCUGUGCGGUAGUAACUGUGUGCUUGUGUUCCCCUGUGAAGUAGUGUAUGGUGGUGAUUUUUAAAUUACUGUGGUGAUAGGUGUAUGUAAUAACAUCAGCAAAAAAAUAAAACCCCAACAAGCUCACCAAAAUGUCAAGAGCAAAACUGAAGAUCCCUAACAACUUGGGAGUUCCAGUGGCUAAUACUUCCAGUUGCUAAUGUGUGGCUAGUAGUGGCUGUCUCUAGCGAGGACUGGUACCAAUUCAUCCAAUCCCAGGAAUUAUUUUUAUUGUAGCAAGUUACUAGCUGAUUUGGCACUUAAAUUCUCUGAAGCCAGGAGGGGCUCCCGGUCCAUAUCGUCCCUCCUAGGUUCAGAGACAACAGGUUCUCCUAACACAUGGUGUUGUAAUCAUUUAUUCUUCGAUGUAUUGUGAGGAAGACAGUAUUGGUGUGUAACUGUACAGCAAGGGCCCCAAGGCAGUGUUGGGAGUUUGCCCUGUUUGAAUUGUAGUGGACCUUCCCUUUAGUGUGAAACUUUGGUACAUUCCAAAAGCUCUGGUCUGAGUUCCACACUCCAAGCCCUAUAUUUUUAAGGUGUCCAGGUGGGAAAAGUGAUUGUAAAAUUGGCGCAGUGUUUUUCAACAGAUCUACUCUUUGCCAUAGUAAGGGCCAAAUCUUGUUACUAGAAACAUUGCUUCAAUUGUAUUGCUUAUGUAAGUAGUGUGACCAGGAUUUGGCCCUUCAAAUUAUCAAGUCAUCUGCUGGUUUUAGGCUCCUUUGAAAACCAGAGGCUAAGGGAGUGAAGUGCCCAACUUCCCUUGAAAUUCAUUGGGAUCAGGCUUGCUUGCUAAUUCCAACUUUAAUGUCUAAGUGUUUGCUCCUGUUGGCCCUGAAAACCCCAUGCAGCUAGGGGAGAGCAAGUUGGAUUCAGACGUCUUGCACGUUGUCGGUGCAGUGGUCAACUAAAUUUGCACUGUCACAUUUGCUGAUAUAAAAUGCAGAAGAAAACAACAACUUCAAUUUCAGAUCCUGGGUGGAAUUUACAGCCCCCGCGGUUAAAAGAAAAAUAUUUUGACUCCGAGGCAAUGGAUGUUACUGGGAAGGAAUAGGGGUGAAAUAUGCUUAUUUUUAGAGAGAGACAUUUUAGACUUUGAAAGCACUUUAAGUAGGGAGGCCAGAUUUUCACCAAACCAUAAUCGGAAAUUAGUUCACAUUUAAUCUAAUCAGGCCCCUUUGAUCAAGUAUCUCCUUUCUUCCCUGAUCAAUGCUCCCCAAAGUCUUAAACCUGUAGCAGCAGGCAAGUGGUGGUCCUGUAAUUUAGUGACUCAACAUUCCACAGCUUAUUUGUUUUCUAGUUGCCCUGCUUUUCAGGCCAUCAAAAUCCCAUCUCUUAGCUGUCUAAUAAUGUCUGUAUAUGAAAUAUAUAUGCAAGAAUUAUGCCGAUAUGAAUGAUUUUUUUCCAGCAAAGCCAACCAAGAAUAAAGAAUUUUCCUUUUUAAGGAUGCAACUUAAAUAAUUCUGCAGCAGCCAGUUGUCUUUUGACAAGGCUGUGAAAUAAAGGUAUGAUAAAAAUGUAUAUAUCUUAUGGAGGAAAGGAAGCCUUCACUGAGCCUAGUAUAUACUUAAUGAGAUUUUAAAUAUUGUGCAAUUAAUUAUAGCUAGUCUAAAAUGUAUUCUACCAAACCUUGUGGUCUGUUAGUCCCCUGGUUGAGAAUGUAGACAUUAACAGUGAUUAUUUCGCCUUCUGUGUUCAUAGUAAGAAAGAUAACCUAUUAAAACACGCAGUAACACAAACAUACAGCUUUAGCCAACCCUCCUCUCUAUUACAUGCCCAAAAUCUAUGAAUGUGACUGAUCCUCAGUAAAAUGACACUGAAUGCAUCAGCAUGGCUGCCACUGAUGACAGAAGCUGUGCAGAAUACGGUACCUUGAUUUAAUUAUUGUUUGUACUUAACCUGUGACUGCUAGCCGAAUGGUGCCAAGGGUUUAGAUACUGCUCUAACUCUGGAGAAACUCCAAUGAAAUCAAAGGAUUUACAGUAGAUUCUCACCAAUAUGAGAUUACAAUCUGCUCUGGCCCAUUGGUGGAGUCAGCAUUUCCAAUGGCAAAUCGGAUGCCAAUGUAGCUUUUUGGCUGGCAGGUAGGGUGAGGGGGGUGUUACUUUAAAAUAGCAACAGUUCAUUGGCUAUAAAGUAUUCACACAGUUAAAUUCCUCACAAAUCUGCAACCCCCAUUCUCUAUCUUUUUGUCUGGAGAUUCCUCACUCUGUCUUGAGUUUUAUGUUCUACGUGUGUCCAGCCAAUUCCGAAAGAUCGGGCUAUAAAGAUAUGAUUAUGUCACAGUGAUCAUCACUGGCACAGAACUGUGAAUUUUGCCAUUUAAGUGGACGUUGUUGCCACAGAUUAACAGUUCGUUAGCUUUGAUCUAGACCUGUUCCAAAGAGGACUAUAUCAAAGCAAACAGCAGCAGGGUCCACAAAGUUGCUCUGACCAUAGCGUGAAACGAUCUGUUUUUACUGUGAUUGUGCUGUGAAUUACGCAUAAUUUUACUAUGGCAAAAUCUUAAGCCAUAGUGAUGCAUCGUAGGCCCAACUUCCAUUCUGAGAGGCGCAGGCAUUUUGUUAUCUUGCAAACAGUGGCAUUUAGAUUCCUUGACCACACGACUGGGAGUGUUUCAUGCCUAUUAAAAAUAUGAAUAUUGUUAAGGAAAUCACACAAUCUUCUUUCCAACUGUAUCUACUAAAUGAAAAACAAAACAUUAGAAUCUGUGAGCACUGUCCAUUUGUCUAUGCCUCAUGAGUGCAUUGUGUCCAACCUUAUUAUGCACUAAAUUAUGUAUGCUAAGAUUUUAACUCUCUAGUAUAAAGCCCCUACUACUUAACAUAGGUCUUUCCAGAGACCUAUCAUUGCUCUAAAGACUAUUAUAUAGAAAAUAUUUCACCCUUUGCUCUCCAGUGCUCAUCCCCCAGCUAAUCUCCACCAUCUGCUCAUUGGCUACCUGGAGUAAUCCACUCGCCUCUUGUGUAGAUCUAAUAAAAACUGGUUAAUCCUGCAUGGAUUAGACUGCAGUGUAGAUGGGUGCUUUGAAAGCUCACUGAUGCCUGGUGCUCUGCUCUUAUCUUCUCACAGCUCUAUUCCUUUCCCUUUCUCUUAUUUUUCCCCCUCCCAGCAGCAAAUUUCUUGCUAGCCUCAAUGUCUUAUUAAAACACAACAAUAAAUGGAAUCCUUGUUGGAGUAAAUAGAAUUUUCUGAGGACUUGAAAACCUACUUCAGCAAACUGCACAAGUUCUUUAAAUGAUGAGGUAUGUUCAUUAAUAUUUCUGGUCCUCUUCAUCCUCGUGCCCUGGAAACAACUUUCAGAAGCCAACACUCUUAAGUGCACAGAUUGGCGCUGUGGCACUAUAAAAAAACAUUUCACUGAAUUGCGACACUCACAAGCUAAUAUAUUAUAGCUAUUUCCUCACUCUGUUAAAAUGGAGUUUCAUUCCUAAUUCUGUCUGGAAAGAAUUUGCUAAACUAGUUUGGAGUUUCAGCUGGUCAGAAUUAAGGACAUGCUGCUGUAUUGAAGCAGGUAUUCUACGAUUAACUACACUAAAGCACCAUAUGCCAUCCCCAUUUACGGAACUGACUCAGGCCCACCUUUGUAACACAAAGAUAAAAUAAUAAACCUCACAGCCUGGGAGUAAAGUGCCAGGCAUAGAAUGAGAAAAGGGACAUGGGGCUCCAUAACAGCAUGAGAACAAAUCUCUUCAAAUUGUAAGAGAAAGCCCUUUGGGCGCUGGAUAAGAAUUAGGCUCAGUGUUCGAACUAGAGGUGGGCUGAGGAGAGUCGGUGCUUGGAUCUGUGUCGGGUGAAGGUUGAAGGCUGAAAUCCAGCAAUCUUCUCUCAGGAGAAUUCCAUCAUCUUUGGAGUACACCAAGCCAAACAAGAUCCUGGAGAAUAAAAGGUCCCAUUGCUCUUUGGAUUCAACCCUGAUCCAGAAUUAGAGGGGUGGGUGUACGUCUGUGUAUUCAGAUCCAACCUAGCAUCUCCCAAAACUCCUGGAUGUAUGUACGAUUCUAGCUCAGUCCUGUCUCUAGUUGGAACAUUGCACGCCAUAUGUAACUUUUAAUUUGUUGGUGGAGGCAAGUGGUGGUUGUGAGCAUGGCCUAGUCUGUGACAUAAACAGUCUUAAGGCGAAGUGGUCUGAAAUCUAAUAAUGUGCUUUCUGAGAAGGUUCUGUGGGAAAUUUGCACUGAAUCAUGGUGGGUUUUGCUUCUGUAACAAACAGUAGAGAAUGCUCUGGCAUGACAGGUUCUAGACGGAGUUCAGCUGGAUAGUAGAGAACAGAAAAACCUCUAUGACCAGUGUGUAUUUCAGCAUAGUUCAGUGUAGUAAUGGUGCCAUAUAAUCCUUUCAAUGUAUCAACAGUCAGGGUUCUUUUAAAAUGUAAAACAAAUUGGAUGGAUGGUUAAAUAUUUGGACCAUUUGUGACUAUUCAGAAAGCUGCUGUUUCCUUGAGUCAUUCCGUGUCUGUCCUGAUAAAUCAGUGUCAUUCUGGAGAAUAACAAUAAACAAAAAUUCUCUAAA